AUGCUGCUGCUCCAACCGCGCCUCAUUCUCCGCCCUGUCCGCUGCUCCCCGGCGACGACCCGCUUCCCGCGGCGCGUUGCCUGCUGCUGCUCAUACUCUUCGUCUUCCUCGUCUUCCUCGUCGUCCUCGUCGUCCUCGGGCUCGCCUGGCCACGGCGCCGACGACGGCCUUGAUGCUGCUCGGACGUGGCUCGCGGCGCUGCAUGCACAGACAAUCCCUCUCGAGACUAUUGGCGAAUUGACCUUUAGCACAUCAUCGGGCCCUGGUGGCCAGAACGUGAACAAAGUCAGUUCCAAAGCCACUCUAAAAGUGCCCCUCGACGCCCUGCUGCCCCACGUCCCUGCAGCUCUGCAUAGCCACAUCAAGCGCCUGCGCUACCUGGGCCCACGCUCAAAUACCAUCGUUGUCCAUGCCGACGACAGUCGCAAGCAGUCGGACAACGCCCGCAACUGCUACCGUCGCCUGUACGAGGCCAUUGUCCUCGCCGCCCGCAACGCUGUACCCGCCGAGACCUCGCCAGAGCAGGCUCAGCGCGUCAAUCGCCUCCAAAAAUCCAAUAACGAGCGCCGCCUCAAGACAAAGAAACUCCAUGGCGCUAAGAAGUCUUCCAGACGCACCCGCACCGAUGACUGA